AUGGCUUUUGUAAGAUUCUUUUACGAUGCUUGCAUCCCAGUUAAUGGUGUAAAUUCAAUUUAUCUUCAGCCUUUGGUGGAUACUAUAGCUGCAAUUAGGCCUGGGUAUAAACACCCAAAUUAUCAUGGUUUGCGUGUCAAUUUGUUAAGAGAUGCUAAGAAGGAAGUGCAGCUUCUCGUUGAUAGUUACAAAAAGAUUUGGGAAAAUGUUGGAUGUACCUUAAUGGCUGAUGGUUGGACUGAUAAUCCACAUAGGUCAUUGAUAAAUUUUAUGGUGUAUUGUCCUAAGGGAGUUUGUUUUGUGAAAUCAGUUGAUGCUUCAGAUGUUGUGAAGGAUGAUAGGACGUUGUUGAAGAUGUUUGAGGAGAUAGCUUUAUGGAUUGGACCAAAUAGUAUUGUCCAUUUUGUCUCAAACAAUGGAUCCAAUUAUAAAGCUGCUGGAAGAAUGUUGUCUGAGAAAUAUCCGAGUAUUACUUGGUCGCCCUAUGCAGCACAUAGCAUAAAUUUGGUGUUAAAAGACAUAGCGGAGAUGGAUCACAUAGUUUAUCUUGCGAGACGUGCUUCCGAGGUGACGAAGUUUGUAUAUAAUCAUACAUUCUUAAUAGCUUGGUUGAGGAAAAGUCAGGGUUGGAAAGAAAUUGUUCGUCCGGGCGCAACCCAUUUUGCUACAACUUUCAUUGCAAUGAGAAGCCUUCAUGAGCACAAACAUGACUUUCAAGCCAUGGUGACAGAUAAGUUAUUUGUUGAUUCUCGAUAUGCAAAAAGUAAUAAAGGCAAACAGGCUAUUGACAUAAUUCUAGAUAACGAUUUUUGGAAUGAUAUGGGUAAGAUAUCCAAACUUGUGAGUCCAUUGAUGCACUUGUUGUGGAUUGUUGACUCAGAUGAGAAGCCUGCAAUAGGAUAUGUGAGGUGUUACAAGAGAAUAAGUUUCAAUCCUAUUGAUUAUGAAAGUAUUGACAAAACUGAAAGUUGGAUAGUUGACGAUGAAGAGGAGGUCAAUGAACUUAAUUAUGAGGAGUUGGAACAAAUGUUAUAUGAAGUAGGAUCUAUUCCUGCUGGAGUUGCUAAUCACCCUUCUUUUAUGAUUCAACCGAUGGUUCAGAAGAAGCUCAGGCUUGAUUGUUCCUUUGUUGUUUAA